CACGCAGGCGUCGGCGUGGAUACGAUAAAAAAAUGCUAUAGAGAGAUCUGUUUAUAUCAAGUUUUGGUGUUGUUACGCAGAGCCAAGAAGAGAGGUGUUUCAGGUGGAAAUUAAAUUCUAUUUUUAAUUUUAAAGAAAGAGAAAAUGGGGUGCUGCGGGGUUACCGGAUUGAGGAUCUCGACCGUGUUGGCGUUGGUAAUCUCCCUCUGCUUGGCCCUCUACUCGGGCUACCUCUUCCACUCCCACUAUUUGGACAAGUACUCGGACACGACGCGCGCCUUGGAUUCGAUCACCGGAAUCUUCAACAAGUCCGUCACCACGAAACUCAACAUUAAGCUUUUCUGCACGGGCGCUGUCGCCGUGGGGGCCGGGCUCCAGUUUCUCGGCAGUUUGGCUGUGGUUAUCUGCGCGGGGCCGAACUCCUCCAAACUCCUCCUGACAGCAAACACGACGAUUUUGAUCUUGUUAAUCUCCGUCAUCGCGUGUUACUUCACUGCGAAAGUGGAUUACGAAAAUGAUCAACAGGUUCAAUUCUUCCUGGGCGGCUGUGUUUUGGACCUCGUCAUCCUCGUUUACGCCUCCUGCGUCGCUGGAGCCUUUCUCAGAAAUUAGGAUUUAUUUGCUGCUGCAAAAGUGUGAAAAUUCCGAGCCAUUUUUUUAAGUACAAAUUUUUGGGGGGGAGAGUGUGGAAUUUGGAUAAAUUAUUGUUUAGAAUUUGGAAAGUUUAUGAGAAUUCUUGCCUAAAAUUGAAGUCACACGCUUAUGAAAAAUGCCUCAUGAAAAAAAUUAUGAUAUUUGUUGAGCACAAAAAUGCUAAAAAUAAAUUUAAACGUUAUUUAUAAAA